UCCUAUAUUUAAAAUCAAAAUAAAUCCCCCAACUAACUCAUAUAUUUAGAAUUAAGGGGAGUAUCAAAACAAUCGAUAGAGAUUUUUUCAAUUGGUUUAUGGAUUUGGGCCUGGCAGACAUGAAGUGCUCUGGUCCGUUCCACACAUGGAGCCGGGAUGGUUGCAAGAGCAAGCUUGAUCGGAUUUUAUCCAAUAAUGAGGAAUUGGAUGGGUAACUGCGAAUUAUGGAAUGUUAAUAUUGAGUCUUUUUCCACUGAAAUUAUCACUUGGAGCAAGGAAGUUUUUGGGCAUUUGGGAAGGAAGAAAAGACAUUUUGGGACCGUAUUGAGGGAAUUAAUAAAAUUCUUCGAGAUGAGGGCUCUUUUUCAUCUCCCGAACAGCUACAACGUCAACUUUGGGUGGAUCUUGAAGAAAUUCUUCUGCAAGAGGAAGUUAUGUGAGCGCAAAAGGCUAAGGGUGAUUGGUUCUCGCUGGGUGAUCGAAAAACAAAAUAUUUUCACCAUGCAAGAAAGCGAGCCAACAGAAUUGAAGCCAUCCAAAAUAAUAGUGGCGAGUGGAUUUAUGAUGAGUCAGAAAUCAAAGAAGAAGCUACUUGUUUUUUCUUCAAUCCAUUCAUGGAGGAUGGGCAAACUUGUAGUAGACUUGAUAGUGAAUGUGUAA